AAUGCAGCUGUGUCGAUGUAACAGUGUGUCCUGCUCCGUGCUCAGGUCUUUGCAAGAUAAUUCUCCGUCUGAAUGGUGAGCGUGCUAUGACCACCUCUCUGGUGUUGAAUCCUCGCUGGGCGGAUACAGUAAUGUUUGUGUAUGAAAACAACUUGGAUGAGCUGAACAAGAACAUGGAAGGUCUGGUUGGUAGCGGCAAUUUCGCGGCCAACCAGUGCAGGAAUCUGAUGGCCCACUCGGCACUGAGUGCUCACCCGUCCAGCCUCGUGCAUGGCUCCAGCUAUUCCACCGUGGACGUAUCGACUUCGAGUUCGUCCGAAGCAAGCAAGCAGUGCACUCCAUGCCCGACUGUUCCCCAAGCCUCAUCCACCGGGGCUAUUCCUUAUGGCUACUUUGGCAACAGCUACUAUCCCUGCAGAAUGGGGCGGGGUUCGCUCAAGUCUUGCACCCAAGCGAGCGCGCUCAGCUAUUCUGCAGAGAAAUAUAUGGACACCGCGGUCGCGUCUGAAGAAUACCCCAGCAGGGCCAAAGAGUUCGCCUUCUACCACGGCUAUCCCAGUCCAUAUCAGUCUAUGGCCAGUUAUUUGGACGUGUCGGUGGUCCAGACGCUGGGAACGGGGGAGCCUCGGCACGAUAGUCUCCUGCCGAUGGACAGUUACCAACCCUGGGCUCUGGCUAACGGAUGGGGAGGUCAGAUGUACUGCUCCAAGGACCAGAGCCAAGCGGGCCAUCUGUGGAAAUCUGCGUUAGCAGAUGUUGUGGCCCACCAACAUGACGGGGGCUCUUUCCGCCGAGGUAGAAAGAAAAGGAUACCGUACACCAAAGUACAGCUAAAGGAACUGGAGAAAGAGUACGCAGCCAACAAAUUCAUCACGAAAGACAAGAGGAGAAAGAUUUCUGCGGUAACCAACUUGUCCGAAAGGCAGAUCACAAUUUGGUUUCAGAACAGGAGGGUAAAGGAAAAGAAAUUUAUCGCCAAAGUUAAGAGCAGCGCGCCAUAGCGCUGAUUUGAGCAACCAGACUUUUUUUUUGCUCUGUGACUUCAGAUUGAAGAAAAACAAAAUGUCGACUUGAUUUUUUUUAUAAACUGGGCUUCUUUGUGCUCUCUUGCUUGCAUAUUUGCAUUGCGAACGCAUAAAUGGAUGGACUAAGAUAAAACAACAAGAAAAAUAAGAGUGAAUAAGGACUAUAUUCAUGUAAAUAUGCCUGCCUAAAUGUAACGUCAUGUUUGCUUGAAGCCCUUUUAGUUGUGUUUUUAUAUACAUUUUACGUAUAGAUUAAUUGUUAGGCAUGCCAGUGUUGUUACUGCAGUAGGGUUAUAGCUUAUUACACUAUGCCCAUCAAUAUUCCUUAUAACUGUUAUGUCGCUUGUAAGACAGUAUGAAAAAAAAUCUAUAUAGAGAAAUGCUUAAUAAAUGUUUAACUCUCACAGACCUAUAGGGUUUGUAAAUUACAUAAGUGAAUUUAUAUUGAUUUUUUCCUUCGUGAUCGCAUGCUGAGUUAAUACAACUAACAUUUUUCAAGAGAAAUUUGUUUGUCCUUUUCAUCGACCUCUGAAGCCUAUCAACGUUGAUAGACUUGUGUUUUGUUCCAGACCUACAAGCUUGUGUUGAAUACAUUGAAAUCAGGUGUAUGUUUGGCUACAUCCUAUUAAUCUGUUGAAAUAACUGACUGCCUUAAUUCAUUUCUGAAUAGUUACGCCAGGUGUUGUCCGUAAAUGUAGCAUUUAUAUGCAUGUUAAUUUCAAUCAAAUUAGAAUGUUAUUGGUGCCUAUACAAUCCUUCAAGUCUAAACAAAGAAGCCUCCUAUACUUUUGCGUAAAUUGUGUUCUAUUAUUAUUUUUUUAUUUUUAGUAUUUUUUAUUUUUAUGCAAUUUUCUCAUGACAAUCUUUACGAAAGUCUUCUUUUUAAAACAUUUUCUUUGAAUAUAUAUUCAGCUCAUUUGGACCACACGAUUCAUUGGAAAACUGUAUUAACGUAUCCUGACUGCUUUUCAAUGGGAAAAUAAAAGAUG